AUGUCCUCCGAAAGCCCCAGUCUAAACAAGCCGAAACACCUCAAAUACUGGACGCGAUGCCUCAAGACCUACCUCCCGCACGCGUACAUUGCGAACGACUCGAUGCGCAUGACCCUCGCCUUCUUCAUCGUCUCCGCUCUUGAUCUCCUCGACUGUCUAAAAAGCCACACCACCGAGGCUGAGCGCAAAGAUUAUGUGGAUUGGAUAUAUCACUGCCAGCACCCCCAUGGCGGCUUUCGCGGCUUUCCAGCUACGGAUUUUGGAGAGUUGCGGAAUGAGACGAACGCGCCAUGGGACCCUGCGAAUCUCCCUGCUACCUACUUUGCGCUGGCGACGCUGAUCAUACUGGGAGAUGACCUGCAGCGCGUAAGGAGGAGGGCCUGCCUGAAAUGGCUGGCCGAGAUGCAGAGGCCGGAUGGGAGCUUCGGGGAGACGUUGGGUGAGAAUGGUGUGAUCGAGGGCGGUAUGGACACGCGAUUCGGGUACUGCGCAGGAGGCGUGCGGUACAUACUCCGAGGGCUCGUUGACGGCCCGGUCGAGGGAGUAAAAGACAUCGAAGUGGACAAGCUGGUGUGGUGCAUUAGAGGGUCUGAAACGUACGAUGGAGGGAUUUCGGAAGCGCCGUUCCACGAAGCACAUGCCGGCUUCACAUACUGCGCCAUCGGCUGCCUCUCCUUCCUCGACCGACUGCCUCACGGCGCGAAAGCAAAACGACAAGAUGCGCCCGAGAACAACAUCCCCAUAACCGGCCUCUCAAAUCUCGACAUCACAAUCCGAUGGCUGGUCUCACGGCAAACCAUGACGCUGGACGAAGAGGAUGCCGUAGACACGCGAAUGGACGAGACUGACACCGCUGCGACCUGCCACGACGCGCACUCGUUCGUCAAAAUGGGCAGCUUCAUAUCAACAGCAGGCGAGCUAUCCUACAAGGACCGGCCGUCGACGCCGACACAGCUCCAGUGGGCAGGCUUCAAUGGGCGGUGCAACAAGAUUGCAGAUACGUGCUAUGCGUUUUGGGCCGGAGGUUCUUUAGGGAUACUAAACAAAGUCCACCUCAUCGACCACACCGCCAACCGGCGCUACCUCUUGGAAAAGACGCAGCACAUGGUCGGCGGCUUCGGCAAGCAGCCCGCCGAUCCUCCGGACGUCUACCAUUCCUAUCUCGGCCUCGCGGCGCUGGCACUCGUGGACGAGCCGGGCGUGAAACCCAUAUCGCCGACGUUGUGCGUAAGCAAAGACGCGUUGAGGCAUCUUGAGGGAUUGCCGUGGCGAAGGAAAGUGGAGGCGGGUGAUGCGGCGAGCGCGCAAGCGCGGGGGACGGAUACGUUGGCGGUACGGGAGGGAGCCGUUGAGGGGAAGUAUGCGGCUAUGAGCGGGGGCUGA